AUGAUCCAGUGGUGUCUUUGGCGCUGGUACUGUUUGCGGGGGGGAUGGCCGAUCGGGAAGCCCCCUCUUCCGCGCACAGGGGGCUCCACCCGCUGCGCAUCAGAUCCGGGCGCAGCACCGGAAACAUCCCAGCCGGCCGAAAUAUUCCAGCAACGAGCUUCCGGCCACCAACUCCGAACUCCGCCCCAGCAUUCACAUGUCCCGGCUGCCCCUUUCAGCUUGGAAGUCUUGGCAACACCCAAACAGGCUCUGCGCAGCCAGCCCCCGUCAGUCACCCAUCCUCCUGGCUGCCAACACAACAAAUACCCCCCUGACACAAACACAUACAUAGUCCCCACCCAAGCAGUAACCCACCCCAAAAGAUACCCACCUCUAGAGCGAAGGUCCUUCGCCUCCUCCAGCCCAUCCGCACUCCCAGUACUCAAAAAACUGCUCGACAUCAUGUCUCAACCCGAAUCUAAGACCGUGCCCUUUGCACCAAGCUCACCCACUCUCUGCAACUUCCUCGAUCGCAACCAUCAGUUUGCCUCUACCUGCGACCCCGACGUGUUAGCUAGUACCUGCAAGGGACAAUCCCCAUCUGUAUUCUGGCUCGGAUGCUCGGAUUCUCGUGUGCCUGAGGGAGUCGUCAUCCAAGCUGGGCUGGGCGAGGUGUUUGUGCAUCGGAAUGUAGCAAACGUCUUCAACCCCGAGGAUACGUCUGCGACUGCUGCAUUGGCAUACGCUGUCAACCACCUCAAAGUCACCCACGUCGUCGUCGUCGGUCACGAAUCUUGCGGAGGCUGUGCGGCUGCACUUGCUGCAGCGACCGCACACAAGUCCGACGAGCCUGCGCCAGCUGUGCCGACCGACAAGGGCGAGGCGGCGAUCGCCAAAUGGAUCGAUCCGAUCAAGAACCUGGCCUACCAAGAGCUGAAGAAACCAGACCAACAGUUCAGCCUGCCCAAGCUUAUCACCCUCAACGUCGAAAAUCAGGUCAAGAACAUCAUCCACCACGAAAUCAUCCAGAAAGCCUGGGCGAGAGGCCAAACCCUCUCUGUCCAUGGCUGGGUUUACAACCUUUCAUCCGGCAAAGUUCAAGAUCUCGGACUUACUCAAUCCAACCCUUAA